AUGUUAAAAAAGGACUACGAAAACUACAGAAAGGAAAUUAUUGAAAAGAAUCUGACCACCACCAGAAGCCAAAAGAAAGCCUAUAAACAACUAAGUACUGGGAAGAAAUGGAUACCCACAUUGAAAGCACAGAAUGCUACAGGAGAGUAUAUGGCAAGCGCUUUCACGCCAAGUUAUUCCAGAAACAUACAUAAAUAUAAUCAAAGACAAGAAGAGUACAAGCAUGGUGAAGUUGGACAGACUAGGACAAAAAAUUACAUUAGAAGAGAAGUGAAACAAGGAGAUCCGUUGUCUCAAAAAAUAUUUAUAGCCGUGCUACAGGUCAUUAAGAAAGAGCUAGAAAGGAGUAGGAAAGGAAAUAAAAUAGACACAGAGCUCCUAAGUAACCUAAGAUUUGCAGAUGAUAUCAUGAUAUUUGCAAAAUCAUCAAAAGAGCUGGAAACAAUUGUAGUAGAACUAAACAACGCUAGCAAAAAAAAAAUAGGCUUACAAUUGAAUGCAUUAAAAACAAAAGUUACUACAAACAGUAUACAAAGACCAAUAAUAGUAAAUGAAAUAGCGAUAGAGUAUGUGGACUACGUUUAUCUUGGGAAACCAUUCUCAUUCACGAAAUCAAGACACGAAGAUGAACUACAGCGCUGUAUCAAUAUGACAUGGAGGAAAUACUAG